UGUGUGUGAGAAAUCAUGACUACCGAGGAAUCUGUUGUUGACUACAAUCUUUACCAGUGCCAGGAAUCUAUGUUAUUGAUAUUUUCAUGGCCCAUCUGUCGAAUUAUCGUCUGUGUGGAGGGGUAUAAAAGCGCAUCGGUAACACAAGCAAAAUCAUCAGCUACAUCUCGUCGCUUCCUCUGUUCUCAUCAGAUUUUCAAAAUGCGUUCGCAGUCAGCUCGUGGAUUUUUACUAUUGGUCAUUCUCGGAUGCGUCCUACCGAGCACCUUGGCCGCUCCGUCGAGUGCCGCAACCGAUCGUGGAGAUGAAACUCACGACAACCUGUCAAGUGCAGUAAAGUUGGUUAAAGCAUACAGUAGCGAUGUUGUAAGGGUAGCAACAAAAGUGUGUGACAAAUUAGCCAACGGAGGAACCCUUGAUAAGAUACUGCUGGAAAUAGCCAAAGACAAGGACACGGAGAACGUUGACUUGAAUGAAGUCCGUCAUAUGAUUGAGAAAUAUGGAUGUUCGGCAACGAAAUGGGCCUGCUGGGGGAUCGGAUGCUGGGGGCGUUAAAUUUGUAUAACAACUGGCUGCAAGCGGACACUGCUAAUCGACGACCAUUAUGUUCUCAUUGAAAAUAUAAAUAAAAUAAAAUUGGCAAAAUCAA